AUGGCGGGGUUCGGACGCUCCGAGUUCGUCGACCUCAUCAAGCCUCUUGGAGAUCGUUUGAACUUGUACGACCCCACCAAGUCACCCACCGAGCAACCGAAGAAUGAUGCCGCAGAACCAACUCGAGCUGUGCCACAAGCCUUUCUCGAUGCUAUGAUCGUUCGGGAGGAGGUCUUUGUGAAGGAGCAAAAGGUGCCUCUUGAGAACGAGCUGGACAGUGACGAUGCCCGCAGCUUCCACUGGGUUGCAUACGCCUCGAUACCCGCAAAGGCCAACACCAAUGGCAACUCCAGCAAUGGUGACCGGCGUACGAGCAACAGCACCAAGAUCCCGGUUGGAACCAUUCGCCUCGUACCUCCACCACACGCUCCUCACGAUGGCCAUGAGCCAACCCAGCAACUUACUAGCAGCAGCGGGGAGAAAGAGGCGUACAUCAAGCUGGGAAGGCUGUCCGUGAUCAAGGAAUUCCGCAAAGCAGGCAUCUCCAAGUUGCUUAUUGAGACUGCCUUGGCUUAUGCAAGGGAGAAUCCAUACGAGGUCGGACCCCAGAUCGACCCCGCAUCAAUAGAGGCUAUGAAGAAAGGGAUAGCCCUCAACUUCAAGGGAUUGGUGUAUAUCCAUGCGCAGGUUGGUGUGCAGAAGGUUUGGAAGCGACAUGGCUUUGAGCGGGACGAGGGCAUGGGAACGUGGGACGAGGAAGGUAUUGAGCAUGUUGGAAUGUGGAAGCGGCUGGACGUCUCUGACUCUCGGAGGAAGAGCAAGAUUUGGCUGGCUACGAGCAACCCUCUCAGUCCAUGA